AUGGAGCGGCUAUAUCAAGAGACAUCAAGUUUACUGCAGCAGGCUCAUUUCAGCAUGGGUCGACUUGAACGGGCAAAAGAUGAACAAGAAGCGCAGCAAAUUUCACAGUAUAUUACUGAACAGUUACGGGUUAUUGACCAAAACUGUGAGCAGCUCGUCAUUCUUGUAAAUAAAGAAGCUCCUGCUCGGCGCCAUAUAGUUCGAAUCAAGGUUGAUCAGUUGAAAAACGAUAGUCAGAAUGUUCAUUACGCAAUUUCGGCAAUGUUUUCAAGGCUAACUGCCAAAUGGCGUGCAGCUAGUGAACGUGAGGAACUACUCCAUCAAAGCAGAUUCCGUCCGAAUGAAUCAACCACAUUGUCGUUGGAAGAUCAUGAGCUGCAGAUGAACGAUCGUCUGAGCUCUUCUAACCGGCAGGUCGAUGAUUUGAUUAGUCAAGGAGUCGCUGUUCUUGAAAGCCUUCGUUCUCAACACAUGAAUCUUCGCGGUGUUCGACGAAAAAUACUGGACAUCGGAGCUGCUUUAGGAUUAUCCAACACAACGCUACAAAUGAUCGACCGUCGGGUGCGAGAGGACUGGCUAAUAUUUCUUGUGGGAUGUGUGGUUACACUAAUCUUCAUGUAUGCAUUUUAUCGAUUCUGGAAAGGAUAA